CAUGAAAACCCAGACAGCAAGCUGCCUAAAUGGGCCUUCCCCUUAAAAAAAAAGUUAAUAUCGUGUGGGCCAAUGGCCCACAUAUCAGAUAUUAAACUGAUAAGAACAGAUACUACACUUGAUCUUAGCCAAAAGGCCGAGAAAGGUAUGCUUUGCAUGAGGGCCGCCCACCAUUUUUAUACUACCCAAAAGGAAUUCAUUUCUUCUACCUAACCGGUGUGGGAAAAAAGCUUGAAGCAUUUACUCCGAAAAAACUAGAGAACAGAUAAGAGAUGAGAAGCAGUGAGCUCAGCAGCGCACCCAAUGAAACAUGUCCUUCGUUGUUGUUAAUCUCUGUAAGUGCUCCUCCAUUCCCAAUCCAAUUCUUCCAGUCUCCAAUUCGUCAUCACCUGUUAUACACAGCACCGCCGCCCAAUUCCCGGCUACAACCCCAAAACCCUACUCCGCUUCUUCCAGUUACCUGACUCUUUCUUCGAGCUCUUCAGUUCGGAGACUGAUUCAGGUAGCGUCUUGCUCUAAUAAUGAAACGCUCGAAGAAUCUAGGAGUGCCCAUUUGCCUGCAAGGCGUGAAAGUGACGAAUUUGGGUUGCUCAAUAAACCGUCUCCCAAGCCCAUAGGCGACCUGUCGGAGACUGAAACGCAGAAAGAAUCUGAAAAGCGUAGUAAAGAUGAAAUCUUGGAGCCCUUUCGAAGGCUCUUUACGCCUACGGAGUCACUGGACGAGAAGUCUGUUUCUGGAGUGGGUAUAAAAAAGGAUGAACAAGUUAUCAAGGAGGGCAACCAAGUGGGUGUAGAAUAUUUUGAGCCGAAACCGGGGGAUUUUGUAUUGGGAGUUGUAGUCUCUGGAAAUGACAAGAAGCUUGAUGUCAAUGUUGGUGCUGACCUAUUGGGGGUGAUGCUGACUAAGGACGUGCUGCCAUUGGACAGUAAGGAGAUGGGACAUUUGUUGUGUGACUUGAAGAAGGAUGCUGAGAGGGUCAUGGUGGGAGGAAAGGUGGGAAUUCUGAAGAAUGAUUUUGCCUUCAGUGGGGAGCCAAAGCCAACACAGCCUGUUGUGGAUCCUGGGACUGUCUUGUUUGCUGAGGUUCUAGGCAGGACUCUCAGUGGUCGGCCAUUGUUAUCUUCAAGAAAACUCUUUAGGCGUGUUGCUUGGCAUCGAGUGAGGCAGAUUAAACACCUUAAUGAACCAAUCGAGGUCAAGGUAACCGAAUGGAAUACUGGUGGUCUCCUAACAAAAAUUGAGGGCUUGCGUGCUUUUCUUCCCAAAGCUGAACUAAUGAACAGAGUAAAAAGUUUCACAGAGCUAAAAGAGAAUGUGGGACGAAGGAUGCAUGUGUUGAUUACCAGAAUGAAUGAAGAAACUAAUGACUUAGUACUUACUGAGAAGGAAGCUUGGAACAUGUUAAAUCUUCAAGAGGGAACACUAUUGGAAGGCACCGUCCUGAAACUAUUUCCAUAUGGCGCGCAGGUUAGGAUAGGUGAAACUAAUCGUAGUGGCCUACUGCACAUCUCAAACAUCACAAAAGGCCAUAUAUCAUCUGUGGGUGACUUGUUGGCUGUGAAUGAGAAGAUUAAAGCUUUGGUUGUGAAGUCGCUGAUUCCCGACAAAAUAUCUCUGAGUACUGCUGUUCUUGAGAGUGAGCCGGGCUUAUUUCUAUUGAACAAAGAGAAAGUGUUUUCUGAAGCAGAAGAGAUGGCAAAGAGAUACAGGCAGAGGAACAUCUCCCAAGCUGCAGCUGCUGCUUCGGUGACCACCACCGACGUGCUUCCUUUUGAAGAUGAAGAAAGAAUGUAUGCCAAUUGGCAAUGGUUCAAAUUUGAAAAAGGGCAACUACAAUAAUAAUGUUUCAACCUUGUGAUUGUUUCUACUAUGAACCUUUGGCUUUGUUUCUCCAUAUUUUGCCAUCAAAUGGCUCUCUUGUUCUUCACUAAUUGCACCAAAUAAAAACUGAAUUUGGAGACAACCAUCAAAAGAAUGUGGGAAUUUAAUUUGAGAUGGAUGAUAAAGGAUUUUAUACCACCAUAAAGAAACUGCCUCAUGUUAG